AUGAAAAAUUCCAAUACACAACAGAGUGAAGAUACCAGCAGCAGUACUACAUCAAAGACAGCACAAACCAAGUCCACAAAGAAAUCGACAAAAUCUCGGGCCAAAUCAAGUAAAAGCGAAUCCCAGAGUGGCAGUUCGAAUAAAAAUGCAAAUACAGCAACGAGUAGUAGCGGUUCUGGUGGAACACUGAUAACACAGCAGCCGCAGCAUCAUCAUCAACAGCAACAACAACAGGGAACAACAAUAACAACAAACCAAGUGAAUUUAAUGCCAACAACUCCCACCUCAUCAUUGGCUGGUAGUGGUGGUGGCAUUGGAGGAGUUACUGGAGUUGGGGUAAAUAUGUUUGAGAGUCCGUCAUUAGCACAGGUUGGUGGCGGAGGAGGAAGUGGUGGAGGUAGUGGUGGUGUUGGUUCUGGUACAACAAAUAAUAAUGAAAUUAAUAAUGCAACAAGAAAUCAUCACAAAAGUUAUGUCGGUCUGGAGCCGCGUUCAAUAAAAAUUAUUUGGGAACAACAUGAUCAAAGUGAUAUUGAAUUAUCGAAUGAGGUGUGUUCCCGUGUGGCCGAAGAUGUUUCCUAUAAGCUAUGGGAAUUGGUUAAUAAUAUAAAAACAUAUGCCCGCCACUCGGGCGGUGUGGUUACAUACGAUUUGGUAAAUGAAGUCCUAAAGGACUCCGAUGUGCCACCCUGUUUGGGUGCAAUGGAUAGUGAUUGGGAUCGCAUUGAUUAUGAUGACAGCUAUUUCUUUUAUUCGGAUAAAAUAUUAGAAUUACGCGAUGAAUACCAGCGAGAGGUUUCAUUCACCAUGCCACAUGGUCCAGAUUUUAAAUGUUAUUGGCCGUUGGAUGAUAAAUAUAUGGAACAUAUAAAGAAAUAUGUUCCUAGUUUAAUAUAUGCUACCCUAAAUGGUAAUCCCGAUGAAUUGGACGCUGUUCUAAGUGAAGCAGCUUUUAGCCCCUUAAUUGGCUCUUGUUAUCGUUUAAUAUUGGCAAAGAUUGUACAAAUUAUUGCCUUCAAACAGACCAGCGAAAUAAGUUCUCGAUGUUGGCGUCUGCUACGGGCACUAUCAACAAAUCCACGUACCCGCGAUGUUGAUAGUCGUGAAGAAUAUUAUCAUUUGGCAGAAAUACUUAUUUGUCAGCUAUUGGCACCCUUGGAAUCGAUUAAAAUUCAAAAUAAUCCCACAAAAGAAGAACUGAAUAUAACUGCUCAAAAUGAUCAUCACAUUAAAAUGGAAACAAGUGGUAUUGGUUUUGAGACAACCACCAGCAACACCAUUCAACAUUCAGAUGUGAAUGUAAUACAACAAAGUGGUAGUGGUGGUAACGGAACAGAUAAUUGUGAAAAAAUAUUUAAACUUGAACCAGAUGAUGACGACGAUGGCGAUGAUGAUGUGGAAAUGGAUGUCACAAGUCUGUGCGAUGAAAGUGCAGCAACGAAUCUGCAAACGUCACAGUAUUUUGCCACUCCAGUUGAAUGGGAAUGUGUUGAUGAAUUGUGUGAAACACUAGGAAUGCUGGGUGCCCUCAAUGGGUAUUUUCAAAGUGAAUGUUUGUUUCACAUAUUGCGCAGAUUGAAACGUUUCUUUCGAGGACGCGUAAUACAAAAAGAAAGAGAUUAUAAUUACAUUAGUAGAUCUGUUCGAGGUCUUAUUGCAUUGGGCGAAUAUGCAUUUCGAGAAUUUAUACCAUUUCUUUAUAAACUCAAUGUGGAUGAAGUUCCUGAAUCUCUAUGGAAUGAUUUUAAUAUAUCAUCAGUAUUUUUAAGUGGCAACGAUGACAUUUUCCUCUACGAAUGGCUGCAGGAAGUAUGUGGCGGUGAUAAACUGCAACCAUUUUUAACCUACUAUGCCCAGUUCUAUGAGAAAUUCCUUAAAUAUCGUUUUGUGCGUCGCAAGAAAUGUACAUUUAAAAUAAAUCCCAAAUUGGGUGUACGUCGAUUGGAAUGGAAUGCUUUAGCUGCUGCCAUGUGUCAUGGUGAUGAUCCCAAUAAGGCAUUGAAACCCAAGCCAUUGCUGAAUGAUCUGUUUCCCGAAUUGAAACCGAUUAAUCCGAAAUUAAAUCGUGCCGGUAAUAUACGUUUUAAAUUUGCCGGUUGUCGUCCGGUCAUAUUGAAACCAAAAAAUAAAUAUGGACAGCUGGCCGGUGAUGGUGGUGGUGCCGUUUCAACACUAAAUGGCUGUUCGGCAAGUGAUGUGUUAAUUGCAAAGCGUAGAUUAUUUAAGCCAUUAACAAAUGAAAAGUCAAUGACACCACUAUGUAGUUAUUAUUAUGUAAAAAUAUAA